CUGGUCCCUGCACAGGUGCUGAUGGGGGGGAGCAGCUGGGGUCCCCCCGGCUUGUGACAGCUUUUCAACUUUUUCUCUUCCAAUCAAUUUUGCUCAUUGGAAAGUUGAAGACCAGAACAAAGAGCUGCUGUUCCCCACCCUUGAGGCAAUCUCCAGGUUGCAACCCCCAGAGAGACUUUGCAACAUGAAACCGUCCAAUGAAUAUCUCCCUCUGACAUUUCUCCUAGUUCUCUUUGACAGCCCUGUCUCUGCAACCUGGAGCUCCAUUCUGCCCAGCUCCAUCCAAGCCUUAAAAGGAUCCUGCGUGGUCAUCCCGUGUUCCUUCACCUUCCCAGAUUCAUGGGAUUCUUGGGACAGCAGUGUGGCUUGGUACCAGUAUCAUUUCUGGAGCUACCCUGAAAUCUACAACAGCAAAAUGCCAAGCAAUGUCCUUCCAGCCUACCAGGGGCGAACAGAAGUGGUGGGAAAUCUGCAAAAAGGCAACUGUACUCUCAGCAUCAAUCCAGUAGAGAUGGAGGAUGCCAUGAGAUAUUACGUCUGGAUCAACCCUGGCUCGGUCAAUCAUCGCUUCCAUGAUGUCACUGUCAAGGUAGAGGUAACAGAUGUCCCUAACCAGCUGGAGUUGAGUGAUCUGGGACUAGUGACGGAAGGGGAUCCCACCCAAGUGUCUUGUUCAGUCCUGCACACCUGUCCUUUGUUUCCACCGACCCUCACCUGGAACCUAGACGAAAACAAGGCUGUGACAAUCCAAGAAUAUUUGACAGGUGGAUCCUGGAGGACAGAAUCGAGUUUUAACUAUAUCCCUUCCCACAAAGACCAUGGCAGACACUUGCGAUGUACUGCAACAUUUCCAAAUAAGCAACAGAUUUACAGUGGUAUCAGUCUGAAUAUUCAGUAUCCUCCCAAAAAUGCAACUGUCUUGAUCAUUGGGAAUCAAAGGCUAAAAGAAGGAGAUGACGCCACUCUGAGAUGUGAGAGCCGUGGAAACCCACCACCCGUCACCUACCACUGGUUCUUUGGGCCACAAAAGGCACCCCUGAAGGUAGCAGGUAGUGGACCAGAGGUGAAGCUGAAGGACAUCCGGAAAGACUUGGAGCCCUACCACUGUGCGGCAGAAAAUGAUGUUGGCAUGGGGGAGGACUCGCCACCUGCUUACCUAAGUGUGGAGUACAAGCCAAUCAUUUGGCCUGAAAGCAACUGUACUAUCUCAAGAACCGAAGAGAUUAUCACCUGUUACUGUGUGGCAGAGGGAAACCCCCCUCCGAGUAUUGAAUGGAAUCUUCUAAACCUGACCAUUCCUGGAGAAUUCAAUAGCUCCGAACUCCAAGCAGACUUGAACUCUUGGGAACAAACCAUUGUUGGCAUCCUGAGGGUGCCCGGAUCUAACUUUACCCAGAUAUCCUGCAAGGCUACCAAUCAGCAUGGGAACAGCUACAUCACCUUGCCCACCAUCAAGGCAGGGAACCUCACCCUUUUGCUCAUCGGAUUGGGGGGAGCUGUUGCAGGGCUCGCCCUCUUCACUUUGCUGGGAAUUUUGAUUUACAAAGUGACAGUAAGCAGUCGGAAAAAGGAGAAGAAACAAGGGGAGCAAGAGGAAGAGCAAGCGGAAAAUCCCCGGAUACAUGGCAAUGGAGAUGAAAUGAUUUACCUUAACACAAAAAAGCCAUCUAAAGAGAAUGAGGAGGAGGAACAACUCAACAUGUGCAACAAACCCAAUGUUCCAGGAAGCCAAGCUGAUGAUAAUGAAUUAAGCACCAGCAAGCCCUAUGAGAAUAUGGAGAUGCCAGAAGAUUAUGAGAAUGUAUCAACAGAAAGGACCACUGGAUAUUUUGGGAUAAGCGACUGGCAGUUUCCUUUUGGCUCUGAUCAACUCUACUCCAACAUCUGAUCCAACAUGAGCAAAAGAUCUUGAGAGCUCCUGUGUAACAAGUGCUUAUAUAACACUUGCUAGAUGCAUGGGGGACCUCUGACCCUUUCACAAAUACCUCUGAACUACAACUCCCAGCAGUCUAACCAACACAGCCAUAGGUUAGAGUUGCGGGGAGGUAAAAUCCAGCAACAUCUAGGUGGCCAUGGACUCUCCUGGGAAAUCCCCACUCACACCCGUAGGUUCACCCAACCAGCAUCUCCUCCCCAGACAGUGAUUGGGUAGAAGACCUCGGAAGGUAUAACUGCCAUUAGAAUAUUGAAAUGAAGAACAUUUGUGGGAAUCUUUU